AUGGGAUCCGCAAGCGGCGAUGAAGAGGUUUUCACGCUUGCAUUGAAAAAGUUUUUGGAUAUAGGAAUGGUGUCUGCUGGUAUAGGAUUGGUGUCUAUUGGUAUAGACUCUGGUACUAACCUUGCGGUGCCUAUUGGUAUAGCUUCUGGUACUUACCUUGCGGUGUCUGCUGGUAUAGACUUGGUGUCUGCUGGUAUAGUUUUGGUGUCUAUUGGUAUAGACUCUGGUACUGACCUUGCGGUGUCUGCUGGUAUAGGAUCUGGUACUUACCUUGCGGUGUCUGCUGGUAUAGACUGUAAGUGGAUCUUUUAUGCUAUAUAA